AAAUGGGAGAUGGUAAUGGUGGUGAGGAUGGAUUCCUUGAGAUAGACCAUGUGACAUUUCCACUCUAUUACGAUUCGUUGGAAAGAAUAUCCACUGAAGCAUGUAAAUCAGCCUGCUCAGGUAAUUGUUCUUGCACUGCGUAUGCUCAUGAUGGCAGCGGCAGCGGCAAGUGUUUGCUGUGGCACGGAGACCUCCUAAAUCUAAAGCAGCGUGAUCCUGACGGCAAAACAAUAAACAUCAAACUUGCUGCUUAUGAGCUCCAAAACUCCCGAGAAAUUAACAAAACACUAACGAUAGCCCUAGCUUCUGCUGUUCCGCUUGUUGGUCUAGUCCUAAGCACCUACAUCUUUUGCCGGUGGAAGAAGAAACAGAAGGGUAAAAUGGGACCAACUCAGGACAUUUUACUGUUUGAUGUGGACAUGAGCAUUGCAGCUGGUACAGAUGAAACUUCUCAAAAAGGAAUUGGAAACGAAAAGAAUGCGGAGGAUGCUCGGUCGCCUUUGUUUAGCUUUUCAAGUGUAACUGCCGCGACGGAAAACUUUUCGAAUUCAAACAAGCUAGGAGAAGGAGGUUUUGGACCAGUUUACAAGGGUAAAUUACUGAACGGAAAACAUGUAGCGGUGAAGAGGCUCUCCAAGAAGUCUGCUCAAGGGAUGUUAGAGUUGAGAAAUGAAACAAUGCUAAUAGCCAAGCUACAACACAAGAACCUUGUUAGACUCCUGGGCUGCUGCUUAGAGCGAGAUGAAAAGAUUCUAAUCUACGAAUACAUGCCCAACAAAAGCUUAGAUUCCAUCCUCUUUGAUCAAGCAAAACGACAUCUCCUAAAUUGGGAAAAGCGUGCACACAUUGUUGAAGGAAUUGCUCAAGGGCUUAUUUAUCUUCAUCAACACUCCAGAUUGCGCAUUGUCCAUAGAGACCUCAAAGCUAGCAACAUUCUAUUGGAUAGUGAAAUGAACCCCAAGAUAGCCGAUUUCGGCCUAGCAAAGAUGUUUGGUGGAAAUGAGUCUGAGGCAAACACAAAUCGAAUUGUGGGAACAUAUGGCUAUAUGUCUCCGGAGUAUGCCUUGGAGGGAGUCAUCUCCGUAAAGUCGGAUGUGUUUAGCUUCGGAGUGCUGCUUCUGGAGAUAAUAAGCGGCAAGAAGAAUACAGGCUUUUAUCAGACGGAUUCAAUGGAUCUUCUUGGACAUGCUUGGCAACUGUGGCAAGAAGACAGAGCUCUCUGCUUGGUGGAUUCGGUGUUAGAACAUCACAACUCUGAUGGCACACUGAUGAGACAUAUUAACGUGGCUCUUCUGUGUGUUCAAGAGAUCGCAGCUGAUAGGCCAACUAUGUCAGAAGUGUUGACGAUGCUCACGAAUGAGCUGUUAACUCUACCUUCUCCAAAGCAGCCAGCUUUCUCACAUAUAAGGACUCAGAAAAUCCCAGAACCGCCUCUUUACAGACCUGAUCUCGAUUCAGUGAAUGAUGUUACUGUCUCUCUAAUGGAAGCUCGAUAUCUCUGCACGUCUCCCUCCUAUCAUGUAUCACUUCCCUUGGAAUUGUUACCAGAAGAAAAUUCCACUCUGUUUCUUCGGCAAUUCCGUGAACCAUUAUCAGCCCAAACUUCAACCAGUUCAAUGGAUUCACCCUGCAACACGAAUAUGCCGACAAUGAAACUGGCCCUCCUGUUCUUGUUGAUGUUCUCGUGCCAUUGCAUUCGAUUCUCUGUUGUUGUUGCUGCUGCAACGAGCACGAUUUCAGUGGGACAGAGUCUCACAGGCUCAGACACUCUAGUAUCUUCUGGUGGGGUAUUUGAGUUGGGUUUCUUUUCCCCAGGAAAUUCUUCUGAUACGUACCUCGGAAUAUGGUACAAGAAGAUUGAGGAAAGAACCGUUGUCUGGGUGGGUAACCGAGACCAACCUCUCACCAUCUCCGCUCCUGCUCUUGCCAUAGACGGAGCCAAUCUUGUGAUCCAGGGUGGCAGGACAACCUACCACCUGAGCAAUAAUUCCGUCAGUGGCAACGUCAGCGCUACGCUGUUGGAUUCGGGAAAUUUUGUAUUGAGGGGGGAGAGCUCGGAGGCAAUACUGUGGCAGAGUUUUGAUGAUCCUUCGGAUACUUUUCUGCCCGGAAUGAAGCUUGGAUACAGCAGAGAGACUAAAAAGGUAUGGGCGCUGACGUCGUGGAAGAAUGCCAUGGACCCUAGCCCUGGGGAUUUCUCCCUGAGAUUAGAUUCCGAAAGCUUGGAUGAGUUUGUUAUUCUUAAAGGUAGUGAGAAAUAUUGGGCUAGUGGGCCUUGGAAUAGAGAUUCACAAACAUUUUCACUUGUUCCUGAGAUGAGAUUAAACUAUAUUUUCAAUUACAGCUUCAUUAACAAUCCCAAUGAGGUUUAUUUCACAUAUUCGAUUUAUAGUUCGUCAAAUGUAAGUACAGGAUUAGUUAUAGACCUGUCUGGGCAGAUUAAACAACGCAUCUGGCUAGAGAGUUCGAAGGCUUGGAAUCUGUUUUGGUCUCAACCACGGGACCCAUGUGAUGUCUACAAGUUCUGUGGUUCAUUCAGCAGAUGCAGCGACAAUACUUUUUCUUCUUGUGCCUGCUUGGAUGGAUUUAGGCCCUCGGAUCAGGAGAAGUGGCAACAGGACGAUACAUCUGGAGGGUGUGUGAGGAAAAAACUGUUGCAGUGUGAGCAAAUGGGAUAUGAAAAUGGUGGUGACGGAUUCCUCAAGAUGAACCAUGUGACAUUUCCACUGUAUUACAAUGCAUCCGAAAAAUUAUCCUCUAAAGCAUGUAAAUCAGCCUGCUCAGGUGAUUGUUCUUGCACUGCAUAUGCUUAUAAUGGCAGUGGCACUGGCAGGUGUUUGCUGUGGUAUGAAGACCUCUUAAAUCUGAGGCAGCUCUCUGAAGAUGAUCCUAACAGUAAUACAAUAUACAUCAAACUUGCCGCAUCUGAGCUCCAAAACUCCCGAGGGAUUAACAAAACACUGAAGAUAGCCCUAGCUUCUGCUUUUCCUCUUGUUGCUCUCUUCCUAACCACCUACAUGGGUUGCCAAUGGAAAAAGAAAAGGAAGGGUAAAAUGGGACCGACUCAGGACAUUUUGCUGUUUGAUGUGGAUAAGAGCAUUGCUGCUAGGACAAAUGAAACUUCUGAAAAAGGAAUUGGAAAUGAAAAGAUUACAAAGGAUGCUUGGUUGCCUUUGUUUAGCUUUUCAAGUGUAAAUGCAGCGACGCAAAACUUCUCGAAUUCGAACAAGCUAGGAGAAGGAGGUUUUGGACCAGUUUACAAGGGUAAAUUACUGAGCGGAAAACGCGUAGCAGUGAAGAGGCUUUCCAAGAAGUCUGCUCAAGGGAUGUUAGAGUUGAGAAACGAAACAAUGCUAGUAGCCAAGCUACAACACAAGAACCUUGUUAGACUCCUGGGCUGCUGCUUAGAGCGAGAUGAAAAGAUUCUAAUCUACGAAUACAUGUCCAACAAAAGCUUAGAUUCAUUCCUGUUCGAUCAAGCAAAACGGCAUCUCCUAAAUUGGGAAACACGUGCACACAUUGUUGAAGGAAUUGCUCAAGGGCUUAUCUAUCUUCAUCAACACUCCAGAUUGCGCAUCGUCCACAGAGACCUCAAGGCUAGCAACAUUCUGUUGGAUAGUGACAUGAAUCCCAAGAUAUCCGAUUUCGGCCUAGCAAAGAUGUUUGGUGGAAAUGAGUCUGAGGCAAACACAAAUCGAAUUGUGGGAACAUAUGGCUACAUGUCUCCGGAGUAUGCCUUGGAGGGGGUGGUCUCCACAAAGUCGGAUGUGUUUAGCUUCGGAGUGCUGCUUCUGGAGAUAAUAAGCGGCAAAAAGAAUACUGGCUUUUAUCAGACUGAUUCAAUGAAUCUCCUUGGAUAUGCUUGGCAACUGUGGCAAGAAGACGGAGCUCUCUGCUUGGUGGAUUCGGCGUUAGAAAAUCACAACUCGGAUGGUACACUGAUGAGACAUAUUAAUGUGGCUCUUCUCUGUGUUCAAGAGAUUGCAGCUGAUAGGCCAACUAUGUCAGAAGUAUUGACGAUGCUCACGAAUGAGCUUUUAAUUCUAUCUUCUCCAAAGCAGCCAGCUUUCUCAUAUAUAAGGACUCAGAAAAUCCCAGAACCGCCUCUUUAUAGACCUGAUCUCGAUUCGAUAAAUGAUGUUACUGUCUCUGUAAUGGAAGCCCGAUAGCUUUUCAGACACGAGAUUCAUCUUGUUUCUUGUGAUUCUUCGCCUAAAGGCUGCACUUGUGAUUUGUAAGUACAAAAGAAAUCAGAUUCGACCUUUAUUGCAUAAUUGAAUUAUGGUGGAAUUUGUCUCCGUCAAUAAACAGGAAGCUCGAUAUGAGCUCAAUUGAGUUACGGUUGCUAUGCCCCUGUGAAAACAAUAGAGCUGG